CUUCAAUUUUAUUUAUAUUUUUAACACGGGAUUUCUUUGGUCUUGAGUGUGUCAAGAUGAGAGGUUUCACAAGGAAAUCAAUGUGCCGAAAGUUCAUUGGCGACGGUGUCUUCAAUGCCGAGUUAAAUGAAUUUUUGUCUCGUGUUCUAGCUGAGGAUGGUUAUUCCGGUGUUGAGUUGCGUAUCACUCCGGUGCGUACUGAGAUCAUCAUCAGGGCGACUCGUGCCCGUGAGGUCGUUGGAGAGAAGGCCCGUCGCAUUCGCGAACUUACUUCUUUAAUUCAGAAGAGGUUUGGUUUCUCUCCCGACACGGUUGAGCUCUACGCUGAGCGUGUUGAGCACAAGGGUCUAUGUGCUAUGGCUCAAGCUGAAUCGCUUAGAUACAAGCUUCUUAAGGGUUUGGCUGUUAGGCGUGCUGCCUACGGUGUUCUGAGGCACAUUAUGGAGUCAGGUGCUAAGGGUUGCGAGGUUAUCGUAUCCGGGAAGCUCCGUGCCCAACGUGCAAAGAGUAUGAAGUUCAAGGACGGAUAUCUCAUCUCUACUGGUCAGCCUGCUAAGACCUUCGUUACAAGUGCCACCCGAUCGGUGCAGCUCCGUCAGGGUGUUUUGGGUAUUAAGGUAAAGAUUAUGCAUCCACAUGACCCUGAAGGUCGUUUGGGUCCAUCUACCGUGAUGCCAGACACCAUCACCGUCAAGGAGCCUAGCCCUGAUAUGGAGUAUUCCAAAUAAAACUAACG